AUGCGUGUCAUUCUUCUGUGUCUGUUGGUGGCUGCUUGUUUUGCUGAGGAAGAGCAAAAACUGCAAUGGAAGGAUGAAGAUGGCCUCGAAAUCAAGAUCAUCAGACCAAUCAAGGCCGAGAAGUGUCCAAUUAAGUCACAAGAAGGAGAUGUUCUUGAUCAAUGGUACAAACUGACAGACAAGGAAGGAACUGAAAUUGGAUCAAACUUCAACAAGAAGCCAUACACAUUCACUCUUGGAAAAGGACAAGUUAUCCCAGGAAUGGAGAGAGCAAUGACUGGAAUGUGUAAGGGAGAGAAGAGAAAGGUUGUGAUCCCAGGAAACUUGGGAUUCGGAGCAAAGGGACGUGAACGUGAUAACAUCAAAGAGGAUCAAACACUCUACUACACAGUUCAACUCGUCGAUUUGUUCCGUGCUGUUCCAGGAGAGAAAUGGACGACUGAUGAGGGAAUUGUGAUCGAACAAACACACAAGAUUGAGGCUGAUAAGUGCAAGAAGUCGAAGACCGGAGACACUAUCCAUCAGCAAUACGUUCUCCACUUGGAGGAUGGAACUUUCGUCGAUUCAUCUUUCUCUCGUAACGCUCCAUUCAUCUUCAAGCUGAAUAACAAUGAAGUAAUCAAGGGAAUGGAUAUUGCUAUGACUGGAAUGUGCGAGGGAGAACGUCGUCAAGUGAUUAUUCCAUCGGACUUCGGAUAUGGUGAUGAUGGAAGAACUCCAUCAAUUCCAGGAAAGGCUCGUCUGUAUUUCGAUAUCACUCUCGAGAAGCUCAUCCAACGCGAUGAAUUGUAA